AAGAGGAAAGAAGGCACGUGCUUCCUUGGAGCUUAGAACCGAAUGGGACAGUUGGCAUACAAAUAAACCCGGAGGCUGCAGGAGGCUCUCCUCGAGUCCCGGGCAAGUGAUAAGAUAAGGCUGGAUGGCCAACAAGGUCCCUUCCAGCUUUAACUCUGGGACCCUAUGUUAUAAUAUAGGAUGUGAGAGAGCUGGUGACCAUGGGGAAAAAAAGCACUUCUGACAUCACAAAGAUCACUUUCCUCUUGAGGGCUUCUCAUUAUCAUUUCUCUAGCUCCUGCCUUUGAUCCAGUAUUUCUUUUAGAAAUAUCAGAAUCUGGAUCCUCUUUAGGUACUUAAAAAAAAAAAAGAAAAGGAAAAAGGGUCCUCGCUUCAUUUUUCAUCAGACUAAUAAGACAUCAACAUGCAAUGUUAUAUUUAACCCUACUCCUGUGGAAAGGCAAUGGUGGUCUCUGGUAGUCUCCCAUUUCCCAUGGCCUGCACAGUCCAUCUGCUCAUAGUAUCAGCGAAGAGAUAAGUCUAGGUUGCUCCUUCGGGCCUCUGCUCUUUCCUUUCUUGGUUGCCAUGAGGAUGAAUUUCUAUCUUUCCAUGGAACCCUGUCCAUCCGGAUGACUGUCCCAGCUCUUGUUUAAUUAUAGGAUGAGUGGGAAGGGACCCUCAAAGCCAGUGAUUCCAGAACUCUAAUCUGUCUCUAAGGGUUGGAGUCUUCCUUCUUCCCCUAUGACUGUCUCAGAGGCUGGUCUCUGCUGGGAAGACCCCCUUGUCUCCUUUAAACAGCUCAGUUGUGUGAUUAUCCUCUGCAAGGCUUGAGUGUAAGUCUCGUUGAAACUAUUAUUAUUGUUGCCAUUAUUAUUAUUCCGCUACCAAACAACAACAAAUAAAACCCCCAAACCGGCUUCAGAGUUUUUAAUGGACUAUGCAAGAUAAAAGGCAUUUCACACCCUGUAUUCUUGAGUCUAGAUGUUCUUCUGGGAGAGGGGGGUGGAAGAGGGGAGGCAGGAGGUCCGGACCCUUGUUGAGCACCACCACAGAAGAUGCUUGGUUCUCAAGUGGUGAGUUUCACUCUUUUUAGACUGCCGCAGAGAUGUGUUCUCAAUACUGCAUCUCCAUAGCUGAUGUGAAAAAAGCUUGUUCAGAAAUCAAAGACCUCAUCCACGUCACCCCCAUCCUCACAAGUUCCAUUUUGGACCAGUUGGCCGGCCGGAAGCUCUUCUUCAAAUGUGAACUCUUCCAGAAGACUGGGUCCUUUAAGAUUCGGGGGGCCUUCAAUGCCAUUCGGAGCUUGACCUCCAACACUUCUGGAGACAGGAAGAAACCCAAAGCUGUGGUCACUCACAGCAGUGGGAAUCAUGGCCAGGCGCUCAGUUACGCGGCCAGACUAGAAGGAAUUCCUGCCUAUAUUGUGGUCCCAAGAACAGCCCCUUCCUGUAAGAAAUCUGCAAUACGGGGCUACGGAGCCACCCUAGUAGACUGUGAGCCCAGUGAUGAGUCGAGAAAAAUGGUGGCAGCCAGAAUUGUGAAGCAAACCGAAGGGAUAAUGGUACAUCCCAACCAGUGCCCAGCUGUGAUGGCGGGCCAAGGCACCAUCGCUCUGGAAGUGCUCGAGCAGGUUCCCAAGGUGGAUGCCCUAGUGGUACCUGUAGGGGGUGGAGGGAUGAUCUCAGGAAUAGCAAUUACAGUCAAGGCUCUGAGACCAGAGGUGAAAGUAUACGCCGCGGAGCCCUGUAAUGCUGAUGACUGCUUCCAGUCCAAGCUCAAAGGAGAGCUCACCCCUAACCCUUCUCCACCAGACACCAUAGCAGAUGGGGUUAAAUCGAGCAUUGGCCCCUAUACUUGGCCUAUUAUAAAGGACCUGGUGGAUGAAGUCUUCACUGUCACAGAGGAUGAAAUUAAGCAUGCCACGCAGCUGGUAUGGGAGAGGAUGAAGCUUCUCAUCGAGCCCACGGCUGCAGUGGGAGUAGCUGCUGUGCUGGGUGAACGGUUCCAGAAGAUGCCCGCUGUGCAAAAUGUCUGCGUGGUUCUCAGUGGGGGGAACGUGGACUUGACAUCCCUGGGAUGGCUGAAGGGAGCAGAGGAGACCCAGCUCCCUCCAGACUGAGAGGGACCGAGUCCUGAAGCCCAAACUCACUCACCAAGCGGCUCCUUGAUGUGUCCUCGGCGACCCCAUUUGGUUCUCAAUUCCACUGGUUUAAACCAUAACACAUCCUCUAAGAUUAAAAACAUCCAUGAAGAA